UCAGUGAAAAUGUAUUACGGAAGUCUGGUAAAUACUGACACGUGAACUUCCAGAUUUGUGUCAUUAUUCGACUCGUUUUUGUCUAAUCUUUCAACUAUGAAACAUGGAGCACAAGCUGGCUGAAUUCAGAGCCCGAAAGAAAGCGCAGACUGACGGGAUGAAACCUGCUGAACGUGUCAUCCAGAGUGAAAUGAAAGCAAAAGUCGACGAUUCUCCACCGGUGGUGUGUGAUGAGAAACCUGAGCAGAAUCCAGACACCGGCCCCCAGACUCCACACACAGAGGAUUACAUUAAUCGUUUGCUGGACACUGCACUGGGCCGCAGGUUUCAUCGUCUGGCCCCUCAUCUGACCCUGUUGAAAGUGCUUCUGUGGCUCGUGCUGUUGGGACUUUUUGCAGAGCUUGGGUUUGGCUUGGCAUUUUUUCUCAUAUCAUUGUUUUACUGGCUCUACGAGGGCUUUCGGACCCCAAAAGCCAGACAACCUGGAGAAAUGAGUGCAUAUUCUGUGUUUAACCCUGACUGUCAGCCUAUCCUGGGAACUUUAACAGCCGAACAACUGGAAGGAGAGCUGGGAUACAGACCGAUGGCCAACAGAUGAACGCAUAUUUGAAAGGAAAUCUCUCUCUGGACAAUAAAGAAAACUGCUUGGGAGUCGGGACACUUAUUUGCAUUAUAUUAAUGUAUCUUGGUUUUUAAGUGAAGUACUUGUAUUCACAUAAAUACAUUCUGAACUUUAUUAAUAUAAAGAAUUACACACCCUUCAUAAUGCCAUGAUUACAUAAGUUUAUUCACAUUUCACAUCCAGCAAUUGAAUUAAAAAAUGUAUAAUAAAUGAUCAUAAAAUCUUUGUUGUUCAAACUAAUUUAGAGUUCAGUUGUAGAACUACAGCACUUUGAUGAGUGGAUGCAGAUUACACCUCUUCAGAUUGAUAGACAACAAAAAGAUCCCAUUAAAGGGAUGGUUCACACACAAAAAAUGAUAAUAUAGCCACUAUUUACUCACCCUUAAGUGGUUCCAAACCUCUAUGAGUUUUUUUUCUGUUGAACACAAAAGAAGAUAUUUUGAAGAAUGUUAAAAACCUGUAACCAUUGACAUCCAUAGUCGGAAAGACAACAAUUGUGAAAGUGUUUUUUUUCUUUUGUGUUUAACAUUAGUUAAAUCAUUUUCUUUUCGAUUUAGUCUGUUUAUUAAUUUAGGGGUCACCACAGCCAGGACUCAGAACCAGCAACCUUCUUGCUGUGAGGCGACAUCGUGCUGCCCUUGUUUGACAGAUAAAAAAAAAUUGAAACAGGCCUGUGAUAAGUGAAGAUUGAAUAAAUAAUGACAGAAUUUUUUACUUUUGGGUGAUUUUAUUC